AUGUGGAAAGCAAUUGUGAAUGCACUAAAUGGAGAUGCUUCCCAGAGCGAAAGCAUUAGAGAGUAUAAUUACGAAGACGUAAAACAGCUUGUUGCAACCCCUGAUUCUUCGAGAGUUCUCGUUGACGUGAGAGAAAAAGAUGAGUAUCAUGAAGGGUUCAUUCCUGGAGCUGUUAAUAUGCCUUAUAGAAGUACACCCAAAGCGUUGAGUUUGAAUCCUCAGGAGUUCAUGCAAAAGUUUGGGUUCGGAAAGCCUUCUACUGACAAAGAAUUGAUAUUUUAUUGUGCUUCGGGGUUUAGAGCAAAUAAUGCCCGUAAUGAGGCCCAAGAAGCUGGGUAUUUUAAUACAAGUGUUUAUCCGGGGUCUUGGAAGGAUUGGAUUUCUAGAGAAGACUCAGAUUGA